AUGGUGCUGCAAAAGUUAGAUUCUCGUAUACGCACACUAAUCGAAAAUGGCGUAGGAUUACGCCAAAGAUCGAUGUUUGUCAUUGUUGGCGAUCAAGGUAGAGAUAAGGUUGUCAUCUUGCAUCACAUGCUAACGAAAGCAACUGUCAAAUCUCGGCCUUCCGUACUAUGGUGUUAUAAGAAAGAGCUUGGCUUUAGCAGCCAUCGUAAAAAGAGAAUGAGACAGUUGCAGAAAAAGCUUAAAAGCGGAAAUGUUGCAAUCAAUAAAGAUGAUCCUUUCGAAUUAUUUAUUGCAAGUACCAAUAUUCGCUACUGCUAUUACUCAGAAACUUUCAAAAUUUUGGGUAAUACUUUUGGUAUGCUUAUAUUACAGGAUUUUGAAGCAUUAACUCCAAACAUCCUCGCUAGAACUGUAGAAACUGUCGAAGGUGGCGGUUUAGUAAUUUUUCUCCUAAAGUCCAUGAAUUCUCUUAAGAAAUUGUUUACAUUUACUAUGGAUGUUCAUUCACGUUACAGAACUGAAUCCCAUCAACAAGUUAUCUGCAGAUUCAAUGAAAGAUUUAUGCUAUCGUUAGCGUCCUGUAAACAAUGCUUAGUUAUGGACGAUCAAUUCAAUAUUUUACCAAUUUCAUCAAGUUCUUCUAACAUUACACCUAUUGCAGCGUCUAUGAAGGACAGUGAAGACCCUAAAGAAGAAGAAUUAAAAGUAUUGAAAGACUCUUUAGCAGAUACACAACCUGUUUGCAGCCUUUUAAAUUUAACAAAGACUCUUGACCAAGCGAAAGCAUUAUUACGUUUCAUUGAAGUGAUAUCAGAAAAGACAUUAACAUCGACAAUAGCAUUGACUGCUGCUCGAGGGCGAGGCAAAUCAGCUGCUCUCGGAUUAGUCAUAGCCGGCGCAAUCGCCUUCAGGCAUGCUCGAUUAAUAUUUCGCUAUAAAAGAAUCUACUCGAACAUUUUUGUCACAUCUCCAAGCCCAGAAAACUUACACACACUGUUUGAGUUUGUUUUUAAAGGAUUUGACGCUCUAGGAUAUGAGGAACAUCAAGACUAUGAAAUUAUUCAAUCUACCAACCCUGAGUAUAAUAAGGCUGUUAUUCGUGUUAAUGUUUUUAUGGAGCACAGGCAAACAAUUCAGUACUUUCACCCAUCUGAUGCUGGUAAACUAGGACAAGCAGAAUUAGUCGUUAUUGAUGAAGCAGCUGCAAUCCCCCUACCUCUAGUUCGUUCUAUUCUGGGUCCUUACCUAGUUUUCAUGGCUUCCACUAUCAAUGGUUAUGAGGGAACUGGAAGAUCUCUUUCUCUUAAACUAAUUGAACAAUUAAGGCAACAACAGGCGACAUCUGCAGCUUCGUCUGCUAGUAGCACUCAAACCAUUAAAGGUAAAGCACCUUAUUUUGGUCGAAUCUUACAUGAAAUCGAAUUAAACGAAUCAAUUCGUUACAGUAAUGGUGAUGAAAUAGAAAAAUGGCUUUAUAAAUUGCUUUGCCUUGAUAUUUCCAACAUUCAGAGAUUUAUCACUGCGUGUCCUUCACCUAAUGACUGCGAAUUAUAUCCUAACAAUAUUCAAGAUAAUACCCUAUUCUCAUGUCAUAAAGCCUCUGAAGCAUUUUUACAAAGAUUAAUGUCUAUAUAUGUUGCAUCGCACUACAAGAAUACCCCUAAUGACCUACAAAUGCUUUCUGAUGCACCAGCACAUCAUUUAUUUUGUCUUCUUGGUCCAUCGAUUGAAAAGAGCAAGACUUUGCCUGAUAUUUUAUGUGUUAUUCAGGUUUGCCUUGAAGGUGGGAUAUCAAAGCAUUUAGUUAUGAAUAGUUUGUCGCAAGGUAAACGAGCAUCUGGCGAUAUGAUUCCAUGGACAAUAUCCCAACAGUUUCAAGAUUAUAACUUUGGUUCCCUAUCCGGUGCUCGAGUAAUACGAAUUGCUACUCAUCCAGAUUUGCAAGGCCUGGGCUAUGGUGCACGAGCUCUCCACUUAUUGCAAGAAUUUUAUGAAGGUAGAUUUUCCGACUUAUUACAAGAUGAAGAAUUUAAUGAAACUACGGCCACAGAUCAUCAAUUUAAAAAUGUCGAUGAUGAUGGUGUGAGCUUGUUGGAUGAAGUCAUCAAACCAAGAUCAGGUCUACCACCACUUUUAAGUAAUUUAACUGAAUGUAAAGCUCCAAAGUUAGAUUACCUUGGUGUUUCAUAUGGUCUCACAAAUCAAUUAUUAAGAUUUUGGACAAAAUCUGGUUAUGUACCGGUAUAUAUUCGGCAAACACCGAACGAUCUUACUGGAGAACACAGUUGCAUUAUGCUGAAAGUAUUAUAUCAAGAUGUGGAAAAUAAUCCAAAUAUGAGAUGGCUAAAAGCAUACUGGGAAGAUUUUAGGAAAAGAUUCUUAACACUGCUGUCGUAUCAGUUUCGAAACUUUUUACCUGGUUUAGGACUUAGUGUUUUAUCGAAGAGAGAACAAUUACAAAGUUCCUACAAAGCAAUUACGCCGGCUGAGCUUUCAUCGAUUUUUAUCAAAUAUGAUUUGAAAAGGUUGGAUAUAUAUUCUCGUAAAAUGGCUGAUUAUCACUUGGUAACCGAUUUGCUGCCAAGUAUUGCCAAACUCUAUUUCACAGAUCGCUUUGAAUUCAAUUUAUCUUCCGUUCAAGCGGCAAUACUUUUAGGCCUGGGAUUGCAACGCAAAACUAUUGACGAAUUAGAGAAAGAACUGAGCCUACCUUCAACGCAACUGCUUGGUCUAUUUAAUAGAACUAUAAGAAAGAUUGUAAAUCAUUUCAAUGAAAUAGAAGUGGCAGACCUCUCUAAGCAAAUAAACGAAGACGAUUCGUUUGUUGCAGAUAUGAAACCUGUUAUUAAAACUCUAAAAGAAGAGCUGACCGAAGCAGCAGUUGAUUAUGAAACUAAGAAGAACGAUAACAUUAAACAACUGGAAAAUAUCAAUCUAAGCGAAUACUCUAUAGCGGGAAAGGAAAGUGAAUGGCAAGAUGCCCUUCCAAAAGAAAAGCCAAUCGGAUUAGUUAGUAUUAAAAGGUGUGUGAUUCAAAUAAACAUAAUUUAUUAG